AUGUUGACUAUUCCAAAUUAUUUAUUACAAGAAUAUUUCGAAAACUAUGGUAUAAUAGCACGAAGAAAGGGAUCAUUCAAUUAUUAUUUAUUAUCAAAUAUAAGUUAUUUAAAUCAUCAAAUAAUAAAUAUAAAAAGAGAAAUAAUAAUAUUUAAUAGAUUAUUAAAAUUACAUAGAAAUGUAAUACAUAUAGAAGAUUUAAUAGUUGCAGAUGACAAAUCACAAUAUAUAGUAAAAAAUAUAUGUUUGGAAACUUCAUUAUCAGAGAUUUUAGAUAAUGAUGGGUUUAUACCAUUGGAAACAUUACCAAGAUUCAUUCCAGAUAUACUUCAGGGCUUGUAUUAUCUUCACACAAAUAAUAUAGUUUAUGGAGAUUUAAAGCCAUCAAAUAUUUUAGUAGGCUCAAAUGAAAAUUUAAAAUUAAAUUCAACCAGUUAUUCAAUUUUAAUAAAUAAUAAUAUAAAUAAUAAUAAUAAUAAUAAUAACAGUAAUAGCAAUAAUAAUAGUAAUAGUAGUAAUAAUAGUUAUACAAUUAAUGAAUUAAAAUCAUUAUUGGGUAAUAGUAAUAAGAAUCAACAACAAAUAAUAGAAUUUUUUAAUUAUAUAGAAUAUGAAUCUAAUGGUGAUGACUAUGAUUAUGAGGGUGAUGAGGAUGCAGAUGAUGAGGAAAUUGGGGAUUUGGAUGAUUUGGAUAAUGAUGACCUAUUAUUAUCUGACAGUGAUUGCCCAGUCAAGAAGAAAAAGAAAAAAGUUAUAAACGAAUCAAUAUUUUAUUUGGCACCAGAAUUAUUCAAGGGUUACUCAUAUAGUAUAGCAACCGAUAUGUGGGCAUUAGGCGUAAUGCUCUUUAAAAUGAUGACUGGCGCUUUACCAUUUUAUUCAGACAGUCCGAUCGCCCUAAUAAAUAAAAUAAUGUUUGAACCUUUUCCUACACCUAUCAUUAAAUCAGCUUCAACUAGAUAUAUUGAAAGAGUUACACAAACCCAACAACAUGACUUUACAGAUUUAAUUUCAAAAUUAUUAGAAAAAGAUCCAUUGAAAAGAAUAGAUUGGGAACAAUUAUUAAAUCAUCAGUUCUUUAAUAACAACACACAAACUACUUGUAUUAUUCAAAAACAGUUAUUGGAAUUAAAAAAAUUGGAGGAAAAAUCAGACUACACCCCAUCAUCAUUCACCACUUUAUCAAUUGUAUAUAACGAUAAAAAGUAUAGCAAUUUAAAUGGUAAUAGUUUAAGCAACAGUUUAAAUAAUAGUUUAACAAAUGAAAGUGAUUUAAUCAAUGCUAUAAAUAAUUUUGCAAACAAUAUUAAUAACAACAGUAAUAACAAUAAUAAUAAUAAUAAUAAUAACAACAACAAUAAUAAUAAUAGUAAUGGUAGUUUCAUAACACCUCCCUCGCCAUUAUCACUAUCAUCAUCUUCAUUAGUAUCAUCCUCAGUAUCAACAAUAGUACAAAACCAAAUGCCCUCCGCUCCACCCUUUAUAAUCCCAUUACAGAAUACAAUGAUAAUGUCAGAGCAAGAGAUUAAUGAAUAUUUCAAUUUCUUAAUUAAAUUUUUAAAAUCAAAAACAACUAUUAUUAUCAAACUAUCUUUAAUUCACUAUAUAAAAAAAUUAUUAUUAACAAAUAGCAAUAAUAUAUUAAAGAGUAAUAAUAAUCAUGUUUUAGUUAGAAAUAAAAAAUCUGCAGUCAUAGAUCAAUUAAUUCAACAAAUUAAAAUUUCAAAAAAUCCAAUCAUUAAACAUAAAAUACUUUCAUUAAUGGGUGCUUUAAUUAAACACUCAAAAGGUUUAAUUCAACAAAACUCUCUAUUGGAGUUAUUCGAACUUUUAAGUCAAGAAAUUAUUAAACCAAAUGCAUUAAAUAAUAGUAACAUUAGCAAUAGCAGCAAUGGUGGUUAUAAUAAUAGUUCAAAUAAACCCAUUCAUAAUGGAGUAAUUAAUGGCUUUAUUAAUGGUAAUGGGGUAUAUAGUAAUAUUGGUGGUAGGACCAUCUCACCAACCUACAAUAAAGAUUCCAAUAUAUCGUCAGCAACUUCAUCUUAUGAUGGUUUUAGUGUAAAUGGUUAUAAUGGUUUUAAUAAUAAUAACAAUAAUACCAACAAUAAUAAUAAUAAUAUUGUUACAAAUAGCCACCAAGAUGAAGUUUUCAAAAAAUUAAAAAGAAAAUCAGUUGAUGUUUACAGCGAGCUUUUAUUUCACUUUUCAACAUUAGAUAUCGGUAACCCAUCAUCAAUAUCUCCAAAUUUAAAAGUAAUUUCAAGUGUUAAAAAAUAG